GUCGUUUCCGGCCCUGUCUGCGUGUUAUUGUCCGCACCUGUCUGUCAUUUUGUCAUUACCGUGUCUCUUUAUUUAAACCCCGCUGUUUUCCCUUCCCGUUGUCGUGCGUUGACGUUCUCUGUUCGUCGCCCAUGUCUGUGCUCGUGACCUUCGCCUUCGUUCUCUGUUCAUGUUUUUCCACCUUAGUUUGCUUACCCUCGCCUUUGUUCUUUGUUCAUGUUCCUCUUCCUCAGUUAGUUUUUUCCCAUUGUGGACCCUUUGAUUUGCUCCUGUGUUUGUUUAUUUUGUCAUAGCCUUAAUAAAACUGCUUUUGGAUCUCAUCCACCUGUCUGCCUGCUCCUGCUUCUACACUAACGUUACAACUAUCACCUGUGCAGGUCUUGGACAGAAGAAAGUGCCUUCUCUGAUGACGUCCCUACUUGUACCUGCUUACCACUCAAAUCCUACACUGUAAACAACACUAGCUUGGCCUCCAACGUGUCUGGCUCUACAUAUUUUUCAUGCAAAGACUGAGUGCUAGAGACCACAGUUAAAUAUAUCAGACUUGCCAAAGCACAAGGAAACAACACUCUUUAUACAUUCACAACACUGGGCUUGCCAUAAAGGACAUUUGAAGGCAAAGCCAUCAGUUCUGCAGAUGUCCUUGAGCAUGGGACAAGCAAAAACCAGUGUUUUGCACAUGGGACUAAAUUACUGAUAAAUAACUUGGCAGAGAUUGACAGCUUCACUGAUAGCAGCCAUCUCCCAUGCUAUAGCCAAAGGAGGUUUGAAUGUGACAACUCUAUUUAAAGGUCCCCACCAACAAACUAUAACAACACGCAACUUGAAUCUGAUGGUCUUUAAAUUAUUUGAGCCUAAAUCAAAACUAUCCCUGACACCUUAUAGCAAAGCAGCCUACAUAUUCUGUUUCAGCUCAGCUUUGCUAUGGCUUUAAGCAUUGGUUCGAUGCGAGACACAAAAUGGCUCACUCUCGAGGUGUGCCGACAGUUUCAGAGGGGAACGUGCUCGCGUAGUGAUGAAGAAUGCAAAUUCGCACACCCACCCAAGAGCUGCCAGGUGGAGAAUGGAAGGGUGAUUGCCUGCUUUGACUCGCUGAAGGGUCGGUGUACAAGAGAAAACUGUAAGUAUCUUCAUCCACCAGCACAUCUGAAGACACAGCUGGAAAUCAAUGGACGCAACAACCUGAUCCAGCAGAAAACCGCAGCGGCGAUGCUGGCGCAACAGAUGCAGUUCAUGAUCCCCGGCACCACCAUGCAACCAGUGCCUACAUUUUCCAUCAGUCAAGGUCUGUGCUCGAACCAUGGUAUGAGUUAUGCGCCAUAUCUGACUCCCAUGAGUCACAGCAUGGGUCUGGUCCCAACAGAAAUGCUCCCCAGCACCCCCGUCAUCAUGCCCAGCAGCCCACCGAUCAGCAUUCAGAGCUCCUCCUCAACACAGAAACUACUGCGCACAGACAAGCUUGAGGUGUGUCGCGAGUUUCAGCGAGGUAACUGCGCACGCGGCGAGACCGACUGUCGCUUCGCCCACCCCAGCGACAGCCCCAUGAUCGACACAAGCGACAAUACAGUCACCGUGUGCAUGGACUACAUCAAGAGCCGCUGCUCACGCGAGAAGUGCAAGUACUUCCACCCUCCCGCGCACCUGCAGGCAAAGAUCAAAGUGGCGCAGCAUCAGGCCAAUCAGACGGCCGUCGCAGUGCAAGCGGCAGCCAUGAAUCAGUCGACUGCCAAAGCAAUGAAGCGACCCCUCGAGGCAACUGUAGAUCUGGCGUUUCCACAUGGAGUCCUGCAGCCUCUACCAAAGAGACCAGCACUAGAGAAGAGUAACGGGGCCAGUACGUUCUUCAAUCCCAGUGUCUUGCAUUACCAGCAGGCUCUGGCCAACGCACAACUACAGCAGCCCACCACCGCAUUCUUUCCCACAGGGUCAGUUUUUUGCAUGGCACCUGCUAGCAGCAUUGUACCCAUGAUGUACAGUGCUACGCCUGCUACUGUCUCUGCAGCAACAACUCCUGCCACAAGUGUCCCCUACGCAACAACAGCACCAGCAAAUCAGAUUAUCUUGAAGUAAAUCACAGAAGAGGAAUGGGGUGCCAGGAAGCUGCUUUGAGAAACCCAAAAAGAUCCCAGUGUAAAUACAACCUGCCCUCCCCUAUAGAACUACACCAACCUGCAUGCUAAUGAGUAUACAAUUACCAAUCAACUACAGUACACGUGGAGUGCUGGUGUGCUACUAUAUACACACGAUAUACCUGUUAUGCCCAGAAAAGUGACUUGUAAAUGACACAACUGCUUUCUGAAUAGAUUACAAACAAAAGAUAUAAAAAUACAAGAUGAAAAAAUAUAUAUACUGUAUAUAUAUUAAUGUACAGCACGUUUCAUAGAGGUAUAUCUGAGAAUUUAUCAAAUGAUCGGUCACACGUAAGAUAAUGUGUAUUUUUCUCCCAUAUUUGUUUUGAAUGAAAACAAAUGCACAAUGUAUACCCUCAGCUGGGAAAAAGACGAAAUAAGAAAACACAUUUUGUUUGCACUAUUGGAAAUAGAGCUUGAUUAUAAGUGCUUGAUUGUCUUGAAAUUGGAGGAAUUCUCCUGCAAUGUAUGUCUUAAAUAUCCCCACCCACGCAAGACGUGGGAAAGAGGGAUUGCUUUCAUUUGAAAACAAAACAAAAACGAAUGUCAUGGGGCAGACAAAAUAAUGUCUGCAAGUUGAUUGAUUGAUUUAUUGAUUGUCUACUGGUCCAAAUGCGCUCCCUCGGACCUCGAAUGCAUCACGGAUUCUACUUCCUGGACUUUUUGUGUUUGGAAUGGCUCACUGAGUGAAAACAACAAUGAAUCGAGAAGAAAUUAAUUGUGACUCUUCAGUCAAGAAAGGUUGUUGUAAAGAAAGGUUUACAACAAAGACGAAGCGCAAAAUGCCAAACGAUCUCAAAAAAUAAUUGUCAGAAGUGUGAAUUUGGCAAACCAUGUGCCCACCUGUCUGUGAAGGACUUUGUUUUACUAAUUCCAUUCGAUGAUUUUGCAUUGAAUGAUUUUGAUGCGUCCAUCAGGAAGUCGACUGUGGCUUCUGUUCCGUGCCAAGGGCUUAAAAUAAACUGGAGAGUUGCUGUAAACAAACUCGUACACACUCAUACACAUGCACGGACUAGCCUCAUUUGGUUGAGUCCGAAAUGGGAUGGAGAAUGGACUUCUGUCUGGGCCUGUUCAUAGUUUCAUUCUAAAGCUGUGGUUUGAGAUAAUUAGAGGACGAGGGGGCGCACAAAAUAAGAUGUUGCAGUAGACGAUCUUAGACUCUACGCGUUCUGAAUGGAGGGCUGACUGUGACGGCAGUACACUCUAACUGAUAAUCCUGUUUUAUUUGAUAAACAGUAGAAGUGCCUAAAAUAUAUAUUUUACACAGCAAACAUCUUGAAAAGACUUUAUGUGGGGUGGGGUUAUAAGAGUACUCUUUAGUGAAAAAAAGCAAAGCUCCCAAAAAUAUCUUGGCCAAUUUGAAAAGAAAACAAAAAACUUAAACGCAUUUCAAUGCGCAUCAUGGUCUGUUUCAUUAUAUGGUAUCAAAAUAUUGAUAUCAAUUGAUCUUGCUAGAAAUUGGAUCAAAAUGGUGUAGGUAGAAUGUUUAUUUUGUUGUACUAUGUUAGUUUUACCAUGGUUUUUCGAAGUAGUUUACAUUGGAAAUGUAACUGAGUAAAGGAAUUUUGUCAAGACAAGCUAAAUGUCUGUAACGUGACGUUUUAUGUUUGGCAAAUUAUUGUCAAUGUGGUUGUUUCUUAACAAACCUACUUUGAUUUAUAAUGAUAAGUCAGGACUAUCCAUUAACAAAGUAGUUUGUCAUUUUCGUACCAUAACCAAAUCCAUUGUUUUAAUUUGAUGUGUUUUAUUUGGAUUAUUUUGAGUUUUUUUUUUAUUAUCUGGAAUCGCAUCUGUAUGAAUAAAUCACACACCACUUUCUUAUCCUCACUCAUAUUUCACGGGUGAGUGUCUUUAAGCAUUGGCGUGAGCCCGCAUGGCCACGUUCAGUAUGAGUGUUUUUCCAAUCCAAUCAGAACCAUCAUGUAUUUUCAUGGUGUUCGAUUAACACAGACAAUCCACAAAGAGACAUAUUUUGUUUUGCAGGAAUAUGGCACUGGUCUUAGCAUUUUUCUUUUUUUAUUAUUAUUAUUAAUUAGCGUUAUAUAUUUUUUCUCCAUUGUUUUCUUUGUACGUUUUUUUUUUUUUUGUGCAAAAGUUACAGUUUUAAUGUAAUUUUUGAUGUGCAAAGUGAUUUAAAUUUAUAUUUUAUUGUCAUUAAUUUUAUUGUUUUGUUAAAUACUAGUCACGAACAAUGGUGUAACCUAUUUUAAAAAUGAAUGUAAUUUAUUAAGCCAAGCCUAUGCUACAUGCAGUUGUCCUUAACUAUGACGGACUCCACCAUAAAGUCAGCCAAUCAGAUUGAGCCAUUUCAUGUUUCAACACGACAGGAUAUUGCAUUGUAGUGAAAGCGAGGCUAUAGAAUUGCUUGUGUUAUGUAAAAAUGUUUAUCGUAUAGGUAAUGUUUUGCCACACAAAAAAGAAAAUGAACAAAAAAAAAAUGUUUAAAGAAUAAUAAUUAAAACAUAGAAUGAUAGUUAUUUCAUAAUAAUAUUAAGUUGUUGCUGUUGCAAUCAAAAGUUGCUAAUACUAAAUUUUGGUAUUUUUGUAAAUGAUGUAAUUGUUAAGUUGAUUUUUUUUCUUUUGUAAAUUUUUUCCCCUAAAGCACUGUACAACAUUAGAUUGUAAAACAGAUAUCAGAACAUUUCCUAUUUUAUGUCGAGAUUAUUUCACAAAUAACUUUUCAGUAGCAUUUUAAGGCCUCUUUAUAGGUGUAACAUUUAUGAUAUAGUAGUAAUUACUCACCAGUAAAAAAGAAGAAGAAAAAAAAAAAGUAGUGUGAUGUAACUUAAGAAACAGUCCACCAAUAUUAUUAUAAUUCAGUAAACCCAUCCCCCUCCCCAUUAUAGAUUGAUGUAAAGGAUCUCAACUUGUGAUGAUCAUUUUUAUAUUAUUUAUAAAUGUUGUCUUGGUUUGUUCAACAAUUUAAUCAAGUUAACAGUUGCACUUUUUAUUUAAUGUGACUCAAGGAUGUUCAUUUUAAACUUGAUACACAAUGAAUAUGGUAUGGUAUGUUUAACAACAAAUCAAUAACGGUUCUUUUAUCGUUUUAGUUAAACCGGAGAUCUGAAUAUUCAGUAAGCAUCUUGCAUGGUAUUUUAUAUCAAGUUAAGAAGUUGUUUUCCAUUUAAUAUAAAACAAACAAAAAUAAAUAUAUUGAAUGUUUCUAUCUACACUAUAGAGAAAAAAAAAAACUGCACAUUUGAUGGAAGUAACGUUUGUCCUUAUUUUGGGAUUUUGUAUACCGCAAAAGAAUCAAAAUGCAGGUAAAAACGUUGACUGAUGGUGACAAAGCACUUUCUAAUCAGUUCAUAUACUGAGCAGACAGCGUAUCCAAACACUUUGCCUUACCUUUAGUCCAUUGUUAUUAUGCUUUUAUGUUUCAGAGCUCUUAAUAUGUACUAGAGUGUCAGCGGGUCUACUGAAUUUACUUCUCGCAUCCAUUUGUAUAUGAAUAUUCUAUACCUGUAACAAAGGAAUUAAAGAGUUUUAUUAUUUCUAAGCAUUUUCACAGAGUGGCCAAAAGGCUUGAUGAAGUUGAAUGCUUUUCAACGCCCUUUACUGGUUGAGAUGCAACACUGUGGUUCUUUCAUGCCAUACCGAAGCGUUCUCAAGAUUCUGGAUAUUUACGUUGUGCUGCUAUAGACUCCCAUCAGUAAUGCAGUAGUCCAUCAACAUAUACACGAGGCACACAGUCACAAAGACAAUAUGAUAAGACAAUUAUAAACCAAGCCCUCUUUGGAUAAUAUUAGUUUUCAUGUAACCAUUUUAAAUGUUUGUUUUUUUUUUUUUUUUUUGUGCAUAUAUAUUAUGUGCUAUUUUAUGUCAUAUAGUCAAAUGUUUUUUGUUCCAGAAAAUUAGUGUAAAUCUAAAAUCUAUUGAGACAAACAAAUAAAUAAUAA